AUGGCGUCCGAUCUGGGGCAGGCCCUCGAGCAUGCAGGUGGAAACGGUCAGAGAAGCGAAGGCGUCUCAAUCCAAACAUUCUUGGCUUCGUUGGCAACUGCCUUGAUCGUCUUCGCGGUCGAAUUCCUGCUCUUCUUACUUCUGAAGGGAAAGCUCACUCGUAUCUAUCAACCCAGAACAUACUUGGUCCCGGACAGAGAACGAACACAACCUUCCCCGCCUGGAUUAUUUCGCUGGAUUGGCCCUGUUUUUCGCACGUCCAGUUCCGAGUUCAUCCAAAAAUGUGGCUUGGAUGCUUAUUUCUUCCUGCGAUACCUGCGCAUGCUUCUCAAGAUCUUUGUCCCUCUGGGUUGCAUAGUACUGCCUGUCUUAUUACCGCUCAACAAAGUAGACGGAAAAGACCAACACUACAAGAAUGCUACUGGGACAGGUGAUCGGUGGAAUGUCACUGGUCUAGAUCAACUGGCCUGGGGCAAUGUCGCCCCGGAGCACGUUCAUCGCUACUGGGCGCAUCUCAUCAUGGCCGUCAUCAUCAUUGUCUAUGUUUGCGCAGUAUUCUUUGAUGAGCUCAAAGGUUAUAUUCGCCUGCGACAGGCGUACUUGACCUCUCCACAACAUCGGCUUCGAGCUUCUGCGACAACGGUACUGGUCACGGCCAUCCCUGACAGCUGGCUCUCAGUCGAGCGCUUGGAUGCCCUCUAUGACGUUUUCCCCGGUGGCAUUCGAAACAUAUGGAUCAACCGCAACUUUGAUGACCUCAAUGAGAAGGUCAAGAUGCGCGAUGCGCUGGCUUUGAAACUGGAGGCUGCAGAGACCGAUCUGAUCGUCAAAUGCAAAAAAGCCCAACUGAAGCAGGCUAAGGCCGCAGCAAAAAAGGCUGGGUUGAGUGCGAAGGAAGUCGACGGCCAGCAGAAGAAAGCCACCGACCAGCAUGCCGCGCAGCUAGCCGCAAGUGCUGGUAUCAGCUCUGGUGAUCCGCAUCAGGCUCACACUAUCAACCAGGUCCUGCAUCGCGAUAUUCAAGGCAAGCACCAUGUGGAAGACGAGGAGCACAGACGACGUAACCCUUUCGAUCCCGCUGUGGAAGCAGUAGGAUUAGUCGGCCACGGUGUGACCAAGUUAGGCAAAUCCGUCCUUGGGAGCUUAAAAAGAGUUGAGGGAGAGGUGGAUGGCACCUUGGCUCGGUCAGGGGGUUAUGUACCGGAGAGCGAACUGGCCAUGCCUGCAAGGAAUGGGGUCCCUCCAGAAGGCAGUGGAAGCAGGCUGCAUGACCCUUCACGACCAAGCGAGGACAGUAUACUCCCAUCAGCAAAUAACGCGGAAGCGUCAUAUGUGAAUGAACAACCCACAAGACCAGAUGCUCCCCGCAGCAAAUCCGACUCAAGACCAAAAAAAAGACCCUUUUGGAAAAGUCGAGGCUCGGCCAAUUCCAAAAUGAGCAGUAGGACGGACGCAGAUGAAUUUCCAUUGACCGCUCCUGAAGAGCCGGUAGAUGGAGAAGCCCCCAGGGAGAGGUCCCCAACUGAUGAAAAGCAAGACGAAAAACGCCGGAAGGGUCAUAAGGAAGGUGAAGAGAUCGAAGGAGAAGAAUAUCCGAUUGCGUACAACGAGGAUUUCGAGAACGAAGAUUAUGGAGAGCCCCUUUGGAAGAAGUACAUUAAGGCAAAAGAUCGCGAUACGAUGAGGUUGCCAAUUUUCGGUCUGAGUUGGAUGCCUUCGCUUUGGCUUAUCGGUAAAAAAGUCGACACAAUAGACCAUUGCCGGAAGGAGGUCGCUCGCUUGAAUUUGGAGAUUGAGGUUGACCAGCAACACCCCGAGAAAUUUCCUCUCAUGAACUCGGCUUUCAUCCAGUUCAACCACCAGGUGGCUGCACAUAUGGCUUGCCAGGCCGUCAGUCACCACCUUCCCAAGCAGAUGGCGCCCCGUAUCGUGGAAAUCUCGCCAGACGAUGUGAUUUGGGACAACAUGUCUCUCAAAUGGUGGGAGCGGUAUCUCAGAACAUUCGGGAUUCUCACGGUCGUCUGCGCCAUGGUGGUUGGGUGGGCAUUUCCCGUGGCCUUUACCGGUCUGCUAUCCCAACUGUCAUACCUGGAAAAUGCCUUCACAUGGCUAGAAUGGAUCUCCAAGCUCCCAGACUGGCUCAUCUCUGCGAUCCAGGGUAUUCUGCCCCCACUGUUCCUGGCCAUUUUAAUGGCGCUUUUGCCUCUGAUUCUUCGAUUUCUCUGCCGAGCGCAGGGUGCCCAUACCGGUAUGGCUAUUGAGCUCACCGUUCAGAACUACUAUUUCGCGUUCUUGUUCGUUCAGCUGUUCCUGGUUGUUGCAAUCUCAUCCAGUUUCUCGACCAUUAUCGACAAUGUCACCAAUGUCACCAGCUGGCCAGAACUUCUAGCACAAAACAUCCCUUCCUCAAGCAACUACUUUUUCUCGUAUAUGAUUCUCCAAGCACUUUCCGUGAGUGCUGGUGCGUUAGUCCAGAUUUUCGGCUUAGUGAGCUGGUUCAUUCUGGCGCCGUUGCUGGAUACGACCGCGAGGAAGAAAUGGGGGCGCACGACAAACCUGAACCAGAUGCAAUGGGGAACAUUCUUCCCUAUCUAUACAACUCUUGCAUCCAUCGGUUUGAUCUAUUGUGUGAUCGCACCCCUGAUUCUAGUGUUCAAUAUCGUUACAUUCGGCCUUUUCUGGUUCGUUUACAGAUAUAACACACUGUAUGUGACCAAGUUCCGCUUCGAUACUGGCGGACUACUCUUUCCUCGCGCUAUCAAUCAGCUCUUUACAGGCAUCUAUGUCAUGGAGCUCAGUUUGAUCGGUCUGUUCUUCUUGGUCCGGGAUGUCAAUGGCAACGUUGCCUGCGAAGGACAGGCGAUCUGCAUGAUCGUGGUUCUAGUGCUCACUAUCGGAUACCAAUUCCUUUUGAAUGAGGCCUUCAGUCCGCUCAUCCGCUACCUGCCAAUCACUUUGGAGGACGAUGCCGUUCGACGGGAUGAAGAAUUCAGUCGCGCUCAACGCGCACGACUCGGUCUUCCCGAGGAGGACGAAACAGAAACUCUUGAGCAGCAACUUGCAGAGAGAGAGCGUGAAGAGCACGAAGCAGAUAGGAGGGCACAGGAGAUCGAGCUUAAGAGGAUUGAAGCCAGCUCCGGACAGCGCUCGUCUACCCAAACGGGAACGUUGAGGUCAAGCCGUCAUUCCUGGGCCGAUCGAUCUUUGAAGUCACGAUCGAAGUACUUCGGAACUAGUUCCAGCAAUUCACUGCCAACCCUGCAACGCGUUCGUGAGAAGAUAACACAUGAUUCCGAAGCCCAAGGCCCUCCCACCGGUAACCGUGGCCACGCAUUGUUCGCCGGCAUUCAUGACGAGCUAGAGGAUCUGACGCCAGAUGAACGUGACCAGCUGGUGCAGCGCGCCUUCCAGCAUGACGCCUUACGAGCGAAACGCCCCGUUAUCUGGAUCCCUCGGGAUGAUCUGGGUAUCAGCGAUGACGAGGUAUAUCGGACUCAACGAUUCAGCAAGCAUAUCUGGAUCAGUAACGAGUACCAAGCACUCGACGGCAAAUGCCGUACGAUCUUCAGCCGCAGUCCGCCCGAUUUCUCUGAGGUGGAUCUCAUUCAAUUGUAA